ACCCUGGUGUGAUGAAGGAGCGAGCCCCUUUACGUUAGCGGUAUCCAAUCAGCGCUGUCAAUGCAAGUCGUUGACCGUGGCGAUGUAUGUGUUGUGUGGUAGCUGCUACGAGCAAGGCUAGACAGGCAGUAUGGCGGAGGAGGGCAGUGUGUACGAGUUAGAGGGGUUAGAAACACAAUUACAGAGUUUGAUAAGCCGCUACUCAAGUGAUGAACUGCGGGCCGACAGUAAACCGUUCUGCUCUGACUUUUGCAAGCUGGUGGAGGAGUAUGCCUCUCGCUGGCAGGUGCCACUGCCUCAGCUCAGGAUCCUUGAGAUAGCUCUGUGCUACUUUGCUCGAGCCUCCACCUUCUUCACGUCAAACUGUGAUCAUGUGCUCCACACACUCAGUAGCCUGGCCUUGAGUGUUUUUGAGUUGCUGCUGUUCUUUGACCAGAAAGACUUCUAUCAGGAGCCACUGAAACACUUCACUGUUACAUUCCAGGAAUGUCAUUUGGCCCUUGUGAGGCAUCAGAAUGUUCACUUACUUCAGGUGGAUCAUUUGGUACAGGGCGGCGGGCCUUGGGCCAGCUCAGUCUUACAGGCAAUCCUCAGUGAGUCCAGUUUACCUCAGAAUGAAGUGGAUGGGUGCAUCAGCUCUGAGCUGCCGGUAUUCUUUGAGCUUCGGGUGCGCUACCUUUUAUCCUGUGAGCGAGUUAGUGAGGCUAUGGCCCUGGCUAAGUGUUGUGCUCGGCACCCCACAGCAGGACAACACUUGUUCUUCCUCCAGGUCUACCUCACGUGGCUUUACAAAACUUCACAGCAUGACCGCCUACAUAAAGAGGUGGGUGACAUUAAUGGUAAAGACGCAGUUCACAUCAUCUGUAGUUUGGAGUGUGAGGAAGAGGAUGAGUUGCUACUAGCUCUCAGCAGAGCCUUCCUUUCCCAGCAGCUCUGCAGGGGAGACAUGUACUAUUUGUGUGAUCUUGUCUUCAUAUGGAGUAAACUUCAUAGUCGGUUGAAUACAUCCAAACAAACUCUACUUGAGGAGAGUCGUCAGCUGAUGCUGUCCGCCACCAAUGUCAACUCAAUCUUCCCAUUCAUCAGAGCCAUACUGCAAGAGCUGGGUGAAGAUGGUAUCCAGUUCUGUGUGGAGCUUUGUGCUAAUGCCCUGGAGUCUUGCCUUCCCUGUGAUGUGGUCACCAAGUCUCUAAUCUACAAAACCAUUGCUGGCCUGCUUCCCAAUGACCUGGAGGUUUGCCGGGCAUGUGCUCUUCUUGUUUUCUUUCUGGAACGCACUGUUGAGGCCUACAAGAUGGUGUACCUUCUUUACAUGCAUCCUGAUCAGGAGUACCACGUGGAAUACAGCCCCAUCGGGAAUCAUGUUCGCUUUGAAACGCUGCAGGUCUUGAAGAAAGAUCUCUACUUUGACCCAGAGUUUUGGAACCUCAUUGCUUUGCGGACCAAUUGUUUGAAGUUGAUGAGUGAGAAGGUGGUUAGUGCUGCUCUUGAAGAAAUCAUGGAAGACAAAUGGAUCACUAACUAUUGCACCAAAGAGCCUGCUCUCCGUUCAAGCACAUCAUCAUGUCAGAAAGGAAGUAAAGGAGCAAAGAAGCGGCACCAUAAAGAGGACAGACAUCAUAAAGAGGAUACUGACACUGCAUCUAAAAGACUGAAGGUGGGCCCAGGCAAAACACGACUAAAUGUUGACCAUGCUGUAAAGAAGAAAGGUGCCCAAGGGUCACGACCUUUGAAGGAAGCAUCAUCUGAACCGUUGAGACGUUCAUUUUGGCAGCUAGACAGAAUACAGGACAAUGUUGCCAUAAGGUAUGGAGAGCAUAGACGAACUACAAGACUCUCAGAGAAGAACCCACCAAAACGGAGGAUUAGAAAACCCAGGUGGCUUCUGGAAGACUCAGGAACUCUCGAAGAGAACGAUGCUCCUUCGAAGAUCAAAAAGCAUGAGUUGAAACAUCAAAAGCACCUUCGAUCUUCUGGCGUAAAGAGGUCUGAAACUGAUCAGAUCAAGAACAAUGCAAAACACAAACCCUCAGUAAACUCUCAUUUAAAGGCAAGGGAAAACAACAACAAGCACCAGAGAGAAUUUGCUUUAGACUGUGAUAAACCAGCCACUCCUCCACAAGUAAUUCUUGAGCUCUCCUUACCAGACAAUGAACUGAUGGGUACGUUUACUGAGGACACUUGCAACCGACACAGAGGAUUUCCUCAAGUGCUUUUUUACAAACCUACACUGAAACUUCCUGCCACAUCACAACCCGUGAAGACAGUACAUCGCAAAGAGGUUAUUCUUAGAGCACGGGAUGCUGCAAUGUUUGUACAGCAGUUGCACUGUUAUGCUCGGCGGCAGAAAGGUAAAGGUAAUGGGUCGAAUGUUCAUGGCUCAGUGUCAACAAUCACACGCUCCUCUGUGCAGGGAAGUCCUCCUAAAGAUCUACUAAGCGAGCUCUGUGAAAAUCCUGACGCGAAAGGUGGAAUUGUCUCUCAGACAACAACAGCAGUCUCACGAAAGGUAUCUGCAGCAAGAGAGCUCUUUGAAAAGUCUGCUGUUGAGAUGAAAGUUUCACCAACAACCGCAAAAGUGACAAAAUCUUCAGUUUUAGACAAAAUCCCCAAACCUUCAAGCAAAGGAAAAGUCUCCACUUCAGCAGGAAAGCUCAAUGAAAAGUCUGCUGCUGAAAUGAAAGCUACCACUGCAUCACAGACUUCAGGAACUAAAGUGACAGAAGGCCCAAUGUUAGAUAAGGUCCUGCAAACUCAAAGUACAGCUUCAGCAAGGGAGCUCUGUGAAGAACCUGCUGUUGAGAUGAAAGUCACUAUUGCUUCGCAAACCCCAUCAGCAGCCAAAGUGUCACAAAGCGACACAAGGUUAGAUAAGGUCUCUAAAGCUCAGACUGUAGAGGACUUCUCAAAAACCAGAGCUUCAGCCGAGGUUUCACAGACCACAUCUACAGACAACAAUCAAAAGAUAGUUACUGAUGAAAUUCCUCCAGUCUCCAAUAUGACUAACAAUUCAAACACUGGAGCUGCAGAUCCUGUACCCUCUCAGUCCCGAGAUGUUCCUAGAAAUAGUCAACAGGAACUCAAGUCACUUUACUCUCAGGCUGAAACUGGCAAAAUUCCUGUUCAAGAAAAAGCUCCUGAUACUCCAGAGGUGCUCACCACAGUCCACAGCAGCAUUGCUGAGGCAGAUAUCACAGAGGAUUCACCUAAAGACUCAAAAGGACAUUCACCUUGUGAAAAGGGUGCACGCCCCAGAAGACACAUGGUCAGUCUAAGCAACAGAUCAGAGACUCAGGCUACUUAUUCACCUACAGACCAGGACAGGAUAAAUGAUAUAUCCGCUCUGACAUUGGUAACAGAGAUGGUUACUGAACUUGCACCUGAGGCACUUGCUCGAGAUCUGGAGAAUGACAAACAGCGAGCUCCAGAUAACAGUACCUCCAAGGAGUCAACAUCUGGAACUAAAUCUAAAGUACCUCACAAAAUACGGACUACCUCCAGCUGCUCUGUAUCAGAACAGGAGGCCUCUGCGGUUACUGAUGUGCAGCUGAAGAAAGGGAAAGAGGGAACUCAGGAUAUUUCUCCAGAAACAACUGAGAACAGUGAGCCACCACCAGAAACAGAGGAGUCAAAGUUGGAAUACUGUUGUACCUUCUGCAGCAAGGUCUUUAAGGGAAGUCGUGUUGUAGAGCAUGCAAUGUUCCAUUAUCGUAAAGAUGAAUGCAUGUUCUGUGGAACGAUGUUUAAAGAUGACCUCCUGGCCAUGAUGCACCUGUCUGAUCAUAUAGAGAAGCUAAAGAGGAGCAAAGAGUCAGCUGGUAAUAAAACCCAAGAAAACCGGGUCUCUGAGACCAAAGAUAUUUCCACACCUAAAACCUCUGCCAAAGCUAAGACCACAGAUAUGUCUUCAGGUCGUCGUAGUAGUCCAAGACCGAAGAAAUCUGCUGUCUGUCCUAAAUCAGUAAGCCUUCAAGAUUCAAGCCCAUCUAAAGCUAGAAAGUUGAGAUCUAAUGACAAAACAGUGGAUUGUCAGUUUUUACAACAAAAGAAACUAAACACAUCAAAGCAUCUUAAUAGUAGAGCUCCUGUUCAUAAGGUGAAUGGGCAUGUUGGCAGAAAGAAAGAAUUUGGGCAUGUUGGCAAAAAGAAGGAGGUUGGCGCAGUGAAAAAGGACUUGGAAGCCAAGCAGUCACUUACACAGCAGGGGAUCUCCCAAGAAAGAACAAGUAAUGGAUCUAAGAAUUAUGAGUUACCAGAAAACCAAGAUAUAGAGAUGGAGUUUGGUUGUUCCACUGACAAUAACAUGAAGGAGACAGAAUCUCUGCAUGUCCUGAAGGCAGCUACAAAACAAGAUGGGAAAGCUGCUGAAGAGAAAUUUGUGGAGCCACAAGAAAAAGUUUGCUGUCCUGUGGAUGGAUGUGCUUGGUUUACAGACUUGUCAAAGAACCGUGUUGCACUUCUGUACCACGCUCUGGAAGACCACUAUGGUGAGAUCAGACCUUUAGAACUGGCCUUCCACAUUGGAAACAGUAGAUGUUCUAUUUGCAUGAGGGUUUUGUGGAGUUUCGAACACUUUCAGCACCAUGUUGAAAGACACAGAAUCACUCCUCGGCAUCCUUGCCCUCAUCAGGGCUGCACUGCCAGGUUUAAGACAGGAAUGGAAAUGAGACGCCACGCCAGGAGGCACAGUCCACUGCAGGCAGUGUGCUGCCUUCCUGGUUGUUCUCAACUAUUUAUUUGCCUCUGGGCACUAAACCUUCAUGAAAGAGAGCACUAUGCUUCCAAACCUAUUAAACCGGACAAGAUCACAAAUGAGCCAACAGGUGACAAACAUAGUAAUGAUGCAGAUGGGAAGAAACAACAGGAUCAUAAGUCAAAAGAUGCUACUGCUACCACUCCUAUAAAUAAGACUGCAAGUGUAAAGGCUGCUCGUAAAUUAAGACGGCAGGCUGCACAUAACUCAUCAUCAAGAAAACACUUUAAGGCUACCAGUCUCGCCACUGUCAGAGCAUCUGUGUUGAAACAGGAGCUGAAAGAGAGAAAUGAGACCAAGGAUUCAAAUGUCUUAAAGAAUCUGUCCAACAAAGACACCUCUGCACAGCCUACUGUUCCUAAUCUGAGAUUACGGCAAACGCUAAGAAAAGGGCAAGUAACCAACACAGCCCCGGCAGCUCCCAACACCCACAAAGUCAUCUCAUCUUCACUGUUAAAGCACAGUAGCAAGAUGAGGUAUAAGUUAAAGAAAAAGCAGGUCAAAAUAAACACAAAUGGUGCUAAAAGAAGAGGUCGUCCUCCGAAAUCAAAGAAAGCUGUGCAUGAUGAAAACACUUCUACUAGUCAGAACAAUGAAACUGGCCAAGAAAAAACUGCUCUACAAAAGGAUCAGAAGAGCCCUGCUCAGCUUGUAAGCCCACCUAAAGCAGUAGAGAUCUCUAUUGUGAGCAACAGGUUAGCAGAAGAAGAGAGUAAGCAGGACCAAGAUUUAGUCAAAACUACAGAAACAUCAGUCGAAGAAUCAAAGUCUAAAAAAUCACUGAACAAGCAGAUUAAGAAGAGUAAUGUUAAACAAAAGGGGGUCUCACGUGAUACCUCUACAGCUGUUGUGACCUCAGCAGGCAAAACACAUAAAUUAACCACUGACAAAAUGAAGAAGGUGGACAAAACAAAAAAGCGAUCCACUCUUAAUGAAAGCAGCAGCCAAACUGCUUCUUCAGACUUAAGCAAGUCAAAGAAGCACAAGAUUACAAAUAGCAAGGUUAACGCCAAGCCUGACAAGAAAAAAUGUCUUCUCAAAGGAGCAGAGUCUGCCUCGAAAAAGGCUGCAAAGGCAAUAUCUGUUGCCCCACAAGUUAAAGCCAAAGCAGAAGCAGCAGCAGUUGUAGUAGAAAAUUCUGCUGAUGAGGUUGGAAAAGCAAAGCUAGAAAGCACAGACUCAACACAAAACAGCACUGGUAACUCUGUGCCUGCUGUUACAGAGAACAGUGUAAAUGAGGCAACUGCACCACCUACCACAACAGGAGAGAAGACACAGAAGGUAGCAACAGCAGGAAAGUCAAAGAGGACACACGUCACAAAAAAAGAAAAGAAAAUUAAAAGUGCUUCUUUAGACUCAGGCAAGGUAACUAAGAAGCACAAAGAUCUUAAUAAAAAGGAGGAUAAAAAGACAGUCAAGGAAAAACGGCCAUGCAAAGACCCGAGCAAAACAUCUGCUUCAAAGAAGACUGCCAAGUCUAAAUCUGUAGUCCAACAACAGGAUGAGACCAAAGCAGCAGCAGUAAAGAGCACUCUUGACGAGGAGGGAAAAGUAAAGGAGGAAGCCUCAGAUCCAACACCUGACAUCUCUGGCCCCUCCAUGCCUCCUGUUAUUAGCAGCCUAGAUAAAAACACAUCUCCACCCACUGCCACUGAAGAGAGUGCACAGAAGAUAAAAAGAGAGAAAAAAACCAAGAAAUCUAAUGAUACGCAAAACUCUGACCCCAACAAAGCAACUAAGAAGCGCAAGAAAAUUCAGAAAGAAGGUGAUACAAAGAUUGUCAAGAGAAAAUGUAAAGAUCAGGAUGUCCCGUCAGUAUCUAAGGAACCUAAAGGUCAGCCAGUCACUGAGGUCAAAGCAGAGGGAGAGGAGAACUCUGUAGGUAACGAGAGGAAGGCCUCUGCAGAGACAACACAAGCUACAAUUAGCAGCUCUGGUUACUCUCUAACCAUGAAUGGACAAGCGGCACGUGAAGAUGCAAAAUCUGCAGUGUGUAAGGAGACUCUCGCCGAGUAUAGCAAGAAGCCAUACAUGCGCCUGCCCCCUACAGCUUACCUUGAUGAGAAGUACAUCACCAUGCCAAAACGGAGGAAGGAGAUGUCGCUGUUCCAGGCUCCUCACAGAAACCCCCCUCCCGGGCAGGCCUGUGUCACAGCAGCUCUGCAGAGACAACGAUGUGCCAAUUGUUUUGCUACUUUCAACAGCGCUGAGGACCUGCAGAUUCACCUCCAGCUGCAGAAGUGCUCAAACCUCUUUGGGUUUGACUCUGAUGACGAGGGCAACAGUUGAGUAGGUCUACUUAAGUCGAAUUGGAUUGUUGUCUUGGAUGCUGAAUACACUGACCUGUGGACCUGCAUUGAGCCCCUGGAUGGAUUGUACCUCAACACAUAAUUGCUCUUGUUCAUGAUUUUGGGCAAAAACCUGAGCAUCAGGAGUUACCAGAGGAGACCGAGAACUGAAAAGGGUUACCUGACUUUCGCUGCAGCAUGUGCCUGUAAUGCAAGGGCCGGGAGCGGCCAGAACACAUCACAUAGCCAAUCAGUAAAAAAAAAAAAAAAGACUACUGAACUGAAUCCCAGUCAGACUGUUAGCGGAACAGCUAGUACUGAAGUGCCUGCUCUGGAACCGCCAUGCUGUUUCCAGCUGCUUCACCUGGUAUGGAGAUUAAGCAUUGUGGCUUAAAGACUGGACUCUUUGAAAGCUGUGAAAAAACUGAUGCUAGAUGACAAGGCUGCUCCUGCUAUCACUAGGAUACAUAUUUUUCACUUCAGUAAGCCAUAAAUGACAUUGUUUGCUUUUUGCACUCGUCUCAUAAGAUUUCUGUUCAUUUUUUUCUGCUUAAACUCUAAAUGAUAGGAAUUGUACAAUGAAAGAAGCGUUAAAAGUUCAUGCUAUUUUAACAUCCUAAGGUUACAAACAUAAUGUAGUCAGAGCCUAAACUUUGGAAGUUGUAAGAUUACUGUAUCAAAGUGUUCUUUGGGAAGUUUUUAUGUAUAAUUCUUGUUUAAAUACUAAUUGUAUUUCUUAUACAGAGUUCCCCAUGGCGUUGAUUAGGUCUGUGCUGCUUGUCAUCAUCAUGAGUAACCAGUAGGGGUCAGUGUGCACCAAUCUCAAGAUCUUCAUGGUUAACAAAUUCCUUUUUUUCCCCCUCUUGCUUAACAUAAUUUAAGAUGAUAUUGUUUGACAGGUUUAUACACACAGCUGCUCCACUGAAUUUAUCACUGUACAGUCUCAAGAAGUACUUUCUCUUCCAGUCACAUCCAUCUAGCUGUAUUUCUUUUAGCAAUAACAUCUACCAACCACAAAAUGUGCCAGUAUCCCACAAACGUUUUGCUGGAUUCUGUCACUCAUCAUGUUCUGUCUAUUAUUUGCUGUCAGUGGAGCAGCUGAUAUUCUGGCUUAUAUAUUUUCAGAGUUAAAGAUAGAUUGUUCAUUUUUAUCUGUACUAAACUGUUGAAGACCAUAGAAACAUUGUGAUUUCUCAUCCACAGUGAAUCUUUUCAGGAUUCCUUCAGAGAGAAACAGAGAUGUGGCAGUCAAACUACCACAGUUUUAAGUGUUACUGGGAGGCCGUACCAGUCUUUUCAUGAGCAGCAGCAGGUUAUAUUUAUUUAUGUUUUAUUUUCUAUCUUUUGUAAAUAUUUGAAGAGUUUCAACGGCUUAUUAUAUAAGGAGGUGUUGGAGCCGAGUUUAUAUUUUGUUUCUUGAAGAAAAAAUAAAACUUAUUUCAGAUGGCA